GAGGAGGAACAGCAGCAAAGAGAGCAACUCAACACUGUUAGAGCCAUUGGGGAAGACAAGCUGGGAGUUAAAAAUGGAAAUAUAUACUGGAACCAGUUGAAUGCACCAUCAUCUGUGCCUGCUAGUACCACAACAAAUCCAACCACUGGUUACAUGCAUGUGCACACACGCAAAGGCAGGCGUUAAGUUUUGACUGAAUGUCUGAGCAUCCUACGUGCUGCAUCUGCCUGGAUACGUUCUCUAGCCCUACUUCCCUCCCCUGUGGACACUGCUUCUGCCUGGCCUGUAUAGGAGAAUACUGGAGGAUCCAUGGGGUCUGUCAGUGCCCCCUCUGCAAGGCAUUAUACCCUACCAGGCCACAGCUCAAAACAGACCAGACGCUACUGAGUGAUGAUGCAGCUGUGCCUUUAAAAGCUGGAGAGGUUCCCUGCGACUUCUGCACAGCAAAACGUCAAGCAGUCAAGUCCUGCCUGGUGUGUCUGGCCUCAUACUGCGACAUUCAUCUGGAGCCACAUUACCAGAGUGAAGACCUUGAGCGCCAUCUUCUGAUCAGUGUGGUGAAGAACCUGGAGGACUCUGUGUGUGGACUGCAUGGGAAACAGUUAGACAGGUUCUGCAGGAGUGAUCAAACAUGCAUUUGUGCCAUGUGUUCCCAGACAGAUCACAGGGGCCAUCACAUUGUUUCUAUUAACAAAGAAGCUGCGAAGAAGAAGGUCAAACUAAAAAGGAGAAAGAUGAAACUUAAGCAAACAAUUCAGGACAGGCUGAGUAAAGUGGAAAAAAUCGAGCGUUCUGUAAACCUCUGUGGGGAAAAUUCAAAGGAGGCACGGGCACAAAUUAAAGAGGCGAUCAAAGAGCUGGAGGAAGAAAUUUCUGAGCUACAGAGGAGUAAUGCUGAACUGGAGCAGCUCUCACAGACUGAAGACAGCCUCCACUUCUUACAGGUCUGCAUCACCGACAUGGCUUCUGGUCCUACAUCAUCCAGGGAGAGCCGCUUACUGGACUGUGAAGAAUUCCCAGAUGUGAACAUUACCCUGAGAGACAUUAUCAACCAGCAGAGAAUGGCCCCUGAGACAAAUGAUGAUAUAUAUACUGGGAGGGAUGAUGAAGUGGCCUGUGACAGUUGCACAGAGCCAAUAAAACUCAAGGCUGAGAAAUCCUGCCUUGUGUGCCUUGCCUCAUAUUGUAAGAGCCACCUGGAAAAUCAUUCUUCAAAUGUAAGGCUGAAGGGCCACAAGUUGGUAUCACCUGUGAAGAACUUGGAUGAGUGGGCCUGUCUGACGCAUGGACGCCCACUGGAGCUGUACAGCAGGAGGCAACAGAGAUGCAUUUGUGUUUGCUGUCUGAAAGAAAGUCCAGAGGAAGCUGUCACUGCUGAGGAAGAAUGGGACGAGAAGAAGGCUAAACUUAACAACACCAAGACAGAGUUACAAGACAAAAUCAAGAAGAGAGAAACAAAGCUGGAUGAAAUUAAUAUGUCGCUAAAGAGCUGCAAGGAGCAGCUGGAGAAAGACUGGUGGGAUAUUGAGGCCGUGUUCACGGCUGUUUUUGCCCUUGUGGAGGAAGCCCAGGCAAAAGUUCUUCAGCCUCUGAAGGACAGGAGGAAGGUCCUAGAGAAAGAGGUACAAAAUAUCAAAGAGGAGCUGAAAUCAGAGGUCAAAAGACUCGAGGAGACCAUCUGUGAAUUGGACCAAAUAUCUGCAUCUGAGGAUCACAUCUUCUUCUUGCAGAGAUACCCAUCUCUUCAAGGCCUGGAUGACCUCAGACAUGAGCCAGAGGUAGAGCUCGACACUUCACUGACAUUUGGGACCAUGAGGAAAACCACAGCAAUCAUGAUGGAACAAAUUCAACAGAAGCUGGAGAAUCUGACCAGCACUGAGCUUCAGAGAGUUCCAAAGUUUACAGUGGACGUAAGGCUGGAUCCAGCUACUGCGUACCGGCACCUUGUUAUUUCUGAUGAUGGGAAGGAAGUGAAAAAUGGAGGAGAAGACCAGGAAGUAGAGGAUUCCCUGGAGAGGUUUGAUCUGUUUGGCAGCGUCCUGGGGUGCAACAGAUUGACCUCUGGGAAGUCUUACUGGGAGGUAGAGGUCAGGAACAUGACCGGCUGGGAUCUGGGUGUGGCAAGAGGCAACGCAAACCGCAGGGGGAAACUCUCGCUGAAUCCAGACAACGGUUACUGGGUUACUGUUCAUUAUGAAGAUGAAAAGUAUGCAGCCCUGGCAAUGCCACCAGUUCAUCUUUCCCUGAAAGAGAAACCAAAGAAGGUGGGAGUGUUUGUGGAUUACGAGGAAGGUCUUGUCUCCUUUUACGAUGUGACUGCUAAGUCUCACAUCUACUCAUUCACCGAGUGCUUGUUCAGUGAUGAGCUUCUGCCAUAUUUCAGUCCACAUGUAAACCAAGAUCAGAAAAAUGUACAGCCUUUGAUUAUUUCUGCUGUGACACAAUGAGAACAGGACAUGGAUGAGUAUUGAAGAAUGUGUACCAUAGCAUUGUAAUCCUGGUAAAAUCGACUAUGGAAAGCUUUUUUAUUGCAUAAGUAUAACAAAUUAGGUUGCCAUGUUGUGUUACCUACUUUGUUCAAAUCUUAAAAUCUGGAAAGAGUUGACUAAUGUUAUUAGCUACAGAUGUAGCUACUACAUCUAAACUAUAAUUUCCGACAUACACUGUUAGAAAAUUUAAUUCAGUGGACAGAAUCUAAUUGUUAUUGAAAGGACCUAUUGGUCCUUUGAGGUCUGUUGAAUUGCUUUUCUCAGAGGCAAGUGCUGUUCUAGUAAACACAAAAU